AGCAUCAAGCGUGAAAUGACCUUCCCUGCAUUUCAACAGGAGGAUGUAAAAAGUGACAUCAGUCAAAAACUGCCAGACCAACAGUUUCUCCUGUUUGCUACAAAGGAGGAAGAUUUAAAAACAGCAGAGACCAAAAAACCAAACAGAGCUCAUGAGUAUGAAAAGGAAAACACUCGUUCUGUUUGUCUUCUGGAACAGAAGCGCAAGGUUGUUUCUUCAAAUAUUGAUGUGCCUCCAGCAAGAAAAUCUUCAGAAGAACUGGACAUGGAUAAAGUAACAGCAGCCAUGGUACUCACCAGUUUAUCCACCAGCCCUUUGGUCCGCAGCCCUCCUGUCCGACCCAACGAAUCCCUAAAUGGAUCUUGGAAAGAAGGAGGAUUUGUGCCUUCUAGUACCAGCAGCAGUGGAUACUGGAGCUGGAAUGCUCCCAGUGACCAGUCCAACCCAUCCACCCCAUCUCCACCUCUGUCAGCUGAUAGUUUCAAAGCUUUUCGGACACCUUCCCAGCCAGAUGAUGGUAUUGAUGAAGCUGAAACAAGCAACCUUCUCUUUGAUGAACCCAUUCCUAGGAAGAGAAAGAACUCCAUGAAGGUGAUGUUCAAAUGCCUGUGGAAAAACUGUGGGAAGGUACUGAGCACAGCUGCAGGGAUUCAGAAACACAUACGGACCAUUCACCUUGGACGUGUAGGAGAGUCUGACUACAGUGAUGGAGAGGAGGAUUUUUACUAUACAGAAAUCAGGCUCAACACGGACUCAGUAGCUGAUGGCUUAAGCAGUCUUUCCCCAGUCUCUCCAUCUUUAGCGUCUCCACCUUCCUUUCCCACCCAAGAUGCAAUCCGUCCUGAAACUUCUUGUGCCAAAACCGAGACAAAAUUGAUGACACCUCUGAGCCGCUCAGCUCCUACCAACCUCUACCUCGUACACACGGACCACGCUUACCAGGCCACUCCUCCGGUGAACAUUCCAGGGUCAGCAAAAUUCACUCCCAAUGGCAGUAGCUUUAGCAUCUCCUGGCAGUCACCUCCAGUUACCUUCACUGGCAUUCCAGUCUCACCAACUCAUAAUCGUCCUGCAGGGAUUGGAGAGCAGAAACAGUCCCACACAGUUCUUUCAUCACCGCCUAGAGUAGCAUUUGGCUUGAGGAAGCCUAGAGGGGAGGGGAAAAAGUGUCGGAAGGUCUAUGGGAUGGAGAACAGAGAUAUGUGGUGCACUGCCUGCCGAUGGAAGAAGGCCUGCCAAAGGUUCAUCGACUAAAGAUUACGAUUAUGCAGAGGAUUUGGGGGUGGGGGAGGACAACAGCAGAACCAGGCUGCUGCAGCUGCACUGUAUUACUUCCCAU